AUGGACCAUGUGACCUCCUCCAACACUCUUCCAGGCUCGCCCGUCGGGCCUCAAGCCUGGACGAGCUGGACGUGGCCCGGAAUUCGACCCCUAGCGGCAUGGCUUUUCACCUUCAAGGGGGUUCUGGCAGUGUUGAACGUUGGAUUUGGGCCUCUGGGUAUUAUCUCAGGCUCCCUGGCUGCUGGAUUCCAAUCCUUUAUGUACGGUGGCUUCACUCCUGCUGGUGGAAUAUUUGCCAUUUUGACCAGUCUUGGGAUGCGCGGGAUUCUGCAGCAGGUGGUUGGAAUCUUGGCUGCAGGUUUUGCGACUGGCAUUGCUUUUCUUGUGGGAAGGUCAACCUGA